UUCAUAACUUCUGUGAGCUACUGAGUCGCAACAUAGCGAGAUGUUCCCACUGCCGAUGUUCACACCGGAUCAGGUCGCUCGAGUGUGCGAGAACUUGGAGGAGACCGGGGACAUCGAGCGCCUCGGCCGGUUCCUCUGGUCCUUGCCUGCCGCUGUCCCUGGCUCCGCAGGGGAAGCUCUGAACCGACACGAGUCCGUGAUGCGAGCGAGGGCACUGGUCGCUUUCCACGGGGGAAACUUUGAGGCUCUCUACCAGAUCCUCCAGAGCCAUCGGUUUACGCGCGAGUCGCACGCCAAGCUCCAAGACCUGUGGCUGGACGCGCAUUACCGAGAGGCAGAGCGGCUCCGAGGGCGGCCGCUGGGCCCGGUGGAGAAGUACAGGAUCCGCAAGAAGUUCCCUCUACCCCGCACCAUCUGGGAUGGCGAGCAGAAGACGCACUGCUUUAAGGAAAGAACACGCAGUUUACUGAGAGAGUGGUACCUCCAGGACCCCUACCCCAACCCAUCCAGGAAACGGCACCUGGCCCAGGCUACAGGACUCACACCCACACAAGUCGGAAACUGGUUCAAGAACCGUCGCCAAAGAGACCGUGCCGCAUCCGCAAAGAACCGACUGCAGCAGGAUCCCUCCCUCUUGCCUUCUGAAAGCUCCCCUGAUGGCUCCCUUCCGGAGCGCCGCCAUCACCCCCGUUUGCUGCCUACCUCCCCUCGCCACCCGGGCAGCCCAGAGGCCAGUGACUGUAGCACGGAGACUGAGCGCAGAGGAACGGGAGCCUCCACCCCGGACAUCUCUGUCAGCAGUGACAGCGAGUUCGAGUCUUGA